AUGAAUCAGAAGCUCCGAAAAGGGAGUUGGAAUCUUCGGGCGGCCAAAGGUCAAGGAGGCCGGGAACCUACCAAGGACAAGGACAAGGACAAGGAAGGAGAUUCGACUCGCAAGAAGUGUUCUCAAUGCGAGAGUCGCACCCUGCACACUGCCUUGAAACUUGAGCACAACAAGACUGUUUGCCCCCUGGCAGGGCAUGCCGGCUCAUGCGCCAAGGUCGCGGCGGAACAAGUUGCCACUGCCGUCUUCUUAGCCAACAAAGAGCGCCUGGUUGGAGAUAUUAUCAAGGAAGUCUCAGACAACUGGCCCAAGAAAUCCCAAGCCGGGGGAGAAACCGGCAACCACCGGAGGUGCCACACAUGUGGUAUACUCUGGAGCUAUAUUCCGGAGGGGCCACUUGGCCUACACUGGGGACAAAUCCGAAGGGGCGGCCAAAAGGCCGUCUACUUUGGGGACAACCAUUCCGAAGGGACAGCCAAAAGGCCGUCUACUUUGGGGACAAUGCACACAUCACACAUCAAGCCAAAAGAAGCAGUCACUCAUCAUCCAAACUGCCACCUGCGAUCAACACCCACCACCACCACCCACACUUGUGAAAGCAAUAUCAAUUUAAUCUGUUAUAUCUGA